AUGUCGCCAUUUACACCCAACGAACGCCAAAGGCGCAUUCUCCAGCUAUCUUCGGAAUGGGGCGUGACAAUUCCACCGGCCCCCAAAACCCUCACCAAGCCGCUGCAGCUUCCCGCGUUUCAGAGCCCCGGAGACGAUGACGCUGCCGAGAGCUUGAUGCAAAGGAGAGCAGCAGAUGCCGCGCAGCUUCGGCCCAAGGGUGGUCUCUCGCGCGCAUUUUCCACAAGCAAUUUGAAAAAGGGCAAGCAUUGGGAUCCUCGCGAAAUUGUAGAGGCUCUGGCCACACACGUCGCCAAUGGCGGCUCACCGGGCGUGGCCGAGGCCUUGAUUGCAAAGCUUUCUGCUGCAGGUGUCGACCUAGCAGGAAACCAGAAACAAAAGUCGGGCCUUUUGAGCCGCCGAAAAAGCGUGGAUCUUUUGCCAGACCGAGCCCGGCUGCUCCGUCUCGCCACCGAGAGCGGCAGCGUGGACAUGGUCCAGGUCUUGAUACCACAUGCUGACGCAUUGGCCAUCGAUGCUAGCGUUCCCGCUGCGAUCCGGAAAAGCGACAAUGCAAUUGUUGAAUUGCUAUUGAGGUACGGCGCCAACGUCGGUGAGACGGCCGACGGCCAAGAUGCUUUCCGCCAAGCUUGUACUACACACGGUCAGGCUGGUAUGAUUGGCAUGGUUCUUAACUCGGCGGGGCGACCUUCACCGGCCCUGAUAUCGCAGGCCAUGGGUGACGCUUCACGCUCAGGCUGCCUGGAUAACGUCAUACAACUUAGCCGUUCUGCUGGAGACGGCAACUACAAUCAAGGAGAGGCACUCAUCACGGCAGUCAAUAUGGGACGACGUGAUGUCGCCCUAGCCAUCAUCACGGGAAACAAGCCACCGCAGCCUUCGUCGCUCAACAGCGCAUUUAUCACGCUUUACUCACAUCCCUCCAUAAGUCCAGCUACCAAGCUCGAUAUCGCCGAGCUGUUGUUGUGCGCGGGUGCCUCAGGCGAGGCACCCGCAUUGGCCCUAGAACAGGCCUGCAAGUCGCAAUUUUAUGACAUGGUCUUUCUUCUAUCCUCCUACAACGUCUCCAUCGAAUACAACGAUGCAUCCGCGCUCAGGUAUGCCAUCAACAGCGGAGAGCUGGAGCUUGUCGAGACGUUGCUACGCAGCGCGGCGCCUUUGAACCCGCAAUACGCAUCCUCGUGUGUGGGCCUCAUCCCGAAGCAAGCUUCGUUCGAAGCACGAUAUUCUCUUCUGAUGCACCUCCUACGGCGCGGUGCCAAUGGACAUGCCCUGAGCCAGUGUUUGGUAGAUGCAGCGGAGUCGGGCGAUCUCAGCUCCGUUGACUUGCUUCUGAAUCCACGAUUUCCCCAGCAAAGUAAUGCAGUUUCAAACGGUGCGGCUUCGCCACUCAAUUCCCAUGCAGUGGCUUCGGCCGAUUAUCGUGAUGGCGAGGCUUUGCGAACUGCAGUGAUUCGAACCGACACCAUUCUCGCCCAGAAGCUCCUAAAAGCUCGUCCCUCGCCACAGACCAUCACAUCCGUCUUUCAGCUCACGCGAAAAUUGCCUCUGCAAGAACGUCACCAAAUGGUUAGCUUGUUUUUGGAGGGGUCUCUUUCUGGGGAUUGUCUCCAUGCCGCCCUGCAAGACGCGCUCGCGCCGCCUCAGUCUCAAAGAGAUGACAAUCUCAUUAAGCAGCUGGUUGCGAGUGGCGCUGAUAUAAAUUACAACUCUGGAGAAGGCCUCGUGCCUCUCAUCAAGCAAAUGGACUUGAAUCUCAUUGCAAUUAUGGGACCGAGUAUUUCUCCUCAGACGGCCGCCUCGCGUAUCCCAGAUACAAUGAAGGUCCCAGACCCUCGGUCAAGAUUCGAGAUGAUCAGCAUCUUUCUUAGUGCUGGCGCAGUAAUUGGUGCCUCAGAAGUGGCUACUGCAACUCUAGAAACACUAGCAGAGAAACCCGUGGACAUGUCACUUCUUCGGCUACUUCUGGAAACAGGCAGCGCUGAUAUCAAUGGCUGUGAUGGCACCAUUAUCACGAGAGCCAUCGAAAAUCCAGAUCCGAAGGUUCUUGAGCUGAUACUGUUUUAUGGGAACCCAUCAGCAUCGUCAAUAGCGCGUGGCUUGGACGCACUCGCCCCCAAGCUCUCAAACGAUGUCAAGAAGUGGAAGUUUGAGGCCAUUCUGUCCAAAUCGACGAAGACUCUCGACUUGAAUCGCGUACUUAUCCUUGAAGUACAGUCUAUUGUCGAGCACAAGGCUCUGCAGCCAAGCUUGGAUGUUCUGGAAAUGCUUCUGAACUAUGACGCAGACCCCAAUGCAUUCAACGCAUCUGCGCUAUGCCAUGCAGUUAUCGCGGCCGAUAAUCUAGUCAUCAACCACCUUCUGAAGAGCCGUAUAGCCCUCAAACCUACAUCCCUAGGCUGUGCUUUGCCACACGCGCUCCGUAUUGCUGAUCAAAUGGCACGCAAGUCCGUCACAGAGGCCCUCGUUGGAGGCGGAGCGCCGCCUAACGAGGUCAACAGAGCUCUCCAACAUGCUAUCAAAGUCCAUUCGCAAGAUAAGGAGCUCAUAGGGCUUCUUUGCUCCAAGGCAGAUACCGCAGACGGCGACGUGCUGUCUCUCGCUGUCGAGAAGGAAUCUCCAGAGCUAAUCUCGCUACUACUAAAAAGUGCAAGCUCUUCAUCUCAGGCACGUAGUAUCGCGCUCACACGGGCUAUGGAUAUUAAAACGCGAAAUGUGCGGCACGAUAUUUGCAAGCAGCUUUUGGCUUGUGGAGUCCCGGCUGACACUGCCUCCAUUGCUCUCCUGGUUGCCGCCCGCGACGGCGAUGUUGCUCUUGGCGACACAUUGAUGGCCCACGGCGCAAGCAACACCAAGAAUAACGGACAGGCCAUUAUUGAGGCCUGUCGUGGUGGGUCUAUUGACGUGCUCAAAGUCCUACUCAAACCAGAUGGCCAAACGUCAAAGAAGACGCUAAAUGAAGCGUUCCAGGCUGCCACCGAAGUACCUGAUCUGGAUAAACGCGCCGUCGUAUUCCAAUAUCUUCUCCGCUGCGGCGCCUCUGGGGAGUUUAUUGAUGCGCAGCUUCAGUCCGCGGCGAGGUAUGGCGAAGCGGGAGAAAGUCUUCUCAAAGUGCUCCUUGCGGCUGGAGCGGAUCCCAACUAUAACAGUGGUGAAGCCGUCGUUGCUGCUACGCGAAGUGCGUUUAUGCGCAGCUUGCAGCUACUUUUAGGUACAUGGGACGAUGGACAGAGUCAAAAACUACCGUCACAGCCGACGCUGGUACGCGCGCUGAAAGGGUCAUGGAGCCUUAACCGCGAUACACGCUAUGCCAUUGUUGAAGAUCUAAUCAAGGCCGGCCUGCAGCCCUGCGAGGACUUACACAUGGUUCUGAAUGAUGCGGUGAAUGAGGAAGACCCAGAAGAGCGGCUCGUCCGGCUACUUUUGGACAGUGGUGCAUCAGCUACCGCAAACAGCUGCAAGUCCUUGGUGGAUGCCGUGCAAAACAUGGCAUCUCCGUGUCUGUCACUCAUGCUCCAGCGGGACACUGCUCAGAAGCAUGUCAACCAUGCUUUCAAUGGAGCUUUUACAACAAAGACUAUCAACAAAUGGUUUACUCACAGAGGUCUCGAAACUGCACAGCUGCUACUAGAUAAGGGAGCAAGCGGAGAUGCCUUGAGCAACUCUUUAUUGAUGGUCAUGCAACGCUCAACGCCUGAAACCAUUGAUCUUGCAAAUGAAUUCGUCGAAAUUCUGGUCUCUCAUGGUGCCGAUGUCAACUACAACCGCGGCCAGCCUCUCCAACAGGCCGCGUCGGUGGCCAAUAUUGAGUGGACACGCAAGCUUCUUGGCUGCAAACCCACAUCGGAGACACUAUCUUUAGCAUUUCAGUGCAUAUUUGACACUGCGCUCAGCCAGGACGAAGUGCUCGCUCUAUUUAAACUCUUUGCCGAGUAUCGAGACGGCGAAGCCCGAAUAGAUGUCAUGGUGACGCUGCAAGGCUCCGAGCCAGUCUUGGUGCGCGCUAUGAAGCAAUAUCCACGAUCGCCUAUGAUCUUGUCAACACUCCUCGAGGCAGGCUAUUAUCAUGAUCAGCUCACCACGUAUACCUUGCAUCCGGACGUUGGUGAGGAGGAGGUCACACUACUAUCUUGGGCCAUUGCUCAGCCCCAGAAGCGCGUUAGUAAAGCCGUCAUUGAGCUUCUCAUUGAGCGAGGAGCCAAAGUCAACGUGGCAUCUUCCUUGUCUAAUUCCACUCCCUUGACGCUCGCCGUUUCGCAUCGACGCCCAGACGUGGUUAAGAUGCUUCUCAUUGAGGGCGCCGAAGUCGACGUCCUCGACUACAUGAACCGCACACCCCUCUCCAUGGCUACUGAAAUGGAAGGCGACGUCGCCGUCCAGAUCAUGUCGAGCAUUCUCGCCGCCGAGCCCCCCCGCGACGACGGCUCGCUGCACAACGCCGCGCGGGAGCUCAACUUGGCUGCCGUCCAAGUCCUGGUCCAGGCCGGCCACGAUCCCGAUUUCCCAAGCCCGCUCCACGACGGCCGCAGCGCGCUUGGAGAAGUCUGCUUGCGGGCUGCGACCGAUACCGAAAUGUCGCUCGAGCGCGAGCGGCUCACGCUAAAGGUCAUGACCUUUCUCAUUGACGCCGGAUCCGAUCUCGCCAUCCAGUCCAACGGCAAGCCGCUUCUGCACCUGUGCUUCGCCUCGUUCGCGCCCGUCGCCACAACACGAGCGCUUCUGAAGGCCGGCAUGUGGAAGCACAUCAACAAUCCCUUUAACCGUUGUACCGACGAGCACUAUACCUACUCGCCGACCAUGUACAUUUCCAAAGUCAUGCGCUCGCUGCCCUGCUGCGAGGAGCUCCUUGCUGUACUGCGCGCUAGCCGUGCCUCGGAUGCUUACUACGCCACCAGCGGCGAUGCGCAGCCUGACGACGCUAUCGGCCUCCCGGACGAUAUGGCCGCAGCGGAGCGUGCGCGCCGCGCCCGGAUCGAGCGGCUCACGCAUGAUACGGAAGAGCACGCCAUUGCGCUCGCGCGGCGCCGCGAGAUGGCCUCGGUCGAGCAGCAGAUUGCCGCGCAAAAGGCCGAGAUGGAGGACGCGCGGCGCCGGCGGCAGCACGGCGAUGAUCUAGGCGCGGUGCGCGCCCGCGCGCAGCUCGAGGAGGCGGUGGCCGCGACGACGCUCCAGCGGCGUCUCGCCGACCAACACGCCGUGACCGAAGCGGCCAUGAAUCGCACCCGCGCGCUCGCCGCGGCCGAGACGGACGCCGAGGACAAGCGCCAGCGCAAGGCCGUCGAGUGGGAGGCGCGCAUGAACAAGGAACGCACGGACAACAUGCGCGCUCUGAGCGCGAUCAAGAUUAGCGAGAGGGAGGAGCUGGAAAGGGUGGACCGCGGCGCGGAGCAGAGAAUAGCAAAGAGGAUCGAGGCGCAGAGGAAGCUGGUUGAGAGCCAGGAACGCCUGGCGGGGAGGUUAGCGAAUGGGCCGAGUGUUGGUGGUGGGCCUUCGAGACAGCAGAUUGGGUACGUGACGGAGAUGAAUUGA